CUAUCUAGUAACGUGACGUCAUAAAGGGAAACAUCUAAAACCAUGUAGUUUUUUUCGCGCGAAACUUCAAAAAAAAUGUCGAACUCCCUGGGCGUUGCAGAUAAUACGAUGAAAUCAAGCAUCUCUGCAGAUGCGAGUACAAUGUUAUUACGUCUUGCUGGGAAGCAGCCAUCAAAUAAAGGAGAAACAGCAAGUGAUCAGAAGGACAAAAACAAAGGGAAAAAGGGUCCCAGUGGAAAGCGAGACAGUGUUGUAAGCAAUGAUGGUACUGAUGGUGAUGAUUUACAAGACUUCAGAGAAUUAUUCAACAUGCUGGACCAAUCAAAUACUGGCAUCAUCACAGCAGAAAACUUGUACGCGGAACUGAGUCGUGUCGAUAGUGAGAUCACAUACGAAGAAGUUGAAGAUGUACUGAAAAAAGUGGACAAGGAUGGCAAUGGCGAGAUAGAUUUUGAUGAGUUCUUGGUCCAUAUGACAAACUUGGGUGGAAAUCUGUAUGGGGAUGAAGUAGGGGAAGAAGAUGAAGAACAACGAAAAAAGAAAUCAAGGCGAAAGGAAAUGUUUUAUAAGACGAUAACAUGUUUCUCCAUCAAACAUACCCUUGCAGAUAUAGAGAAACAAUUCCGUAAACAGGCACCUCAUGUGAUUGGUCAUUACACGGCAGGUGCUCGUUUAAUUGGGCUCACAACACGUCAACUUGAACGACAGAUGGAGAGGAUGCAAAGGUCUAUUGCAAACACUGACUCUCCUUACGCGAAACCUCUUCAAUUUGUCCAUGUUAGUAGGAAAGGGACAAAGAGUAUCGUCCAAAGAAAGAAAACAAAGACAAUUAAGGAAAUGCCAGGUUCUUGCCGAGACCUUCAACAGAAAGAAAGUGUGGGAGAGGAACAAGACAAUCUGACGAGGGAAAUUCAGGACACCAUGAUAACGUUUGCUCAUGAAAGUCUUGAAUCUGAUAAGAAUUCAGAUAUCUUCAUGCAGCUGAGGAAAAAGCUUGGAUCAGUGAAGGCCAAAUUCAAAGAGCAGAAGCUGCAGACACCUGAGGACAGUCACAUAUCAACCUUUCCUUCCCUCAACAAGGUAAAGCCUUCUUAUGAUAAGAAAAGUCCAACAGGCUUACAACCAUCGGGUACAAAGCAAAAAGAAGGUAUUUAUGCCACUGCUAGUGAGGAUGAGAGGAAAAUGCAGAAAAGAAAAAAGAAGAAUUUAAUGCUUGCUCUUGGAUGGACCACCCCUAGAAUUCAGUAUAUUGAUGUUGCCUUGCCAAGUCUUAAAAUGCAACUAUCUCAAAAGCCAACGUGUAAUGAUGUACAUAGGAUCAGAGCCAAGGCUGAGCAGGUCCUUGAUGAUUAUUACCUUGAACUGAGCCAGGAAGAAAUACAGAAUGCAUGGAAUCACUGGGAUAGGCUGUAUGCUAACGUCAUACAGCCAGAGAGGCUGUUACGUAGUUUCAAAACUAUUUACAGUGCAUAUUUUCCACAUCGUGAGGAGGAAGCUUUUGUUGUGUGUCCGUGGAUUCCUGGACCGUUCAGUUUUGUAAGACACUUUCAAAAACCAUCUGCUAUCAUGAGCCGGAAGAUACCCAAUAAAACAAUAACAAGAAGUGCUAUGAAUAAACCACGUAUAAAUAUACGUCCAAGAACUGGUUCAAAUACAGUUUACAGCAGUAGUUCAACACCGCGAGAUACACCCAGUCCCAUUGGCAGCCCAUAUACUUCAAUUUCAAACGUAUAGAGUUGUGAAUCUUUGUGGUUUCAUAAAAUAAUUCUUGAAUUUUGAUACUAAAAGCGUGUUUUAUUUUGUUGGUUUUUAACUUAAAUAAAUCCUCUUCAUAUUUGUAUAUUAUUAUAUAUAUAUAUUAUAUUUGUAUCAACACUUUUAGUCUUUCGUAAAUUUUAUCAAAUUCUUUAGCUAUAGAACUUUUUUUUAUAAGUCCUUAAUUAGUUUUAUUGAUGAAUAUUUGUUACAUCCCAUUAUUCUUAAAUAAAUAUAAUUAUUUUUAACCAAUUUGUUUUUCCUUAUGUUUUUUUUUUUUGGUUUUAUAUUGUGUAAGAUAUUUCAGAUUUAUUUUUGCAAGAAAAAUUGCUCCAAAUGAAUCAGAUGUUCCAGAUCUUUGAACUGAUUGCUAGUUGUAAGAUCAACUCCUCAAAUCAUUUCAGUUGAGGCCCACAUGGAAGAUUGGGUAACCAAAUGUGUAGCCUCAGUAAAUAAAGACUUUACUUACUUACUUACUAGUAUCUAAGGUUGUUAAUGUGAUCAAAUGAUAAUUACACCUCAGGACUUUGAUUACAUCUUGUAUUUUUAUAAAAAAAAAUUUCUUUAAAAAUACAUAGAACAUGGACUAUCUGACUAUGUACAUUAUAUUGUAGGGAUUAUUCUUACUUUUAAAAUUACUGAUGCACAUAAUUCAUAAUGUAUUUACAAUUCAAAAAGGGAGGUAAUGAAAUGAAACCUUUACAAAUAUAUUAUCAGAGUUAUCACACCUAUGUUAUAACUUAUCUUCUAUAAACACGUCUCUCUCCAGUAAUUUAUAAUACACAAUGCAAGUCAGAAUUAAUAAAGUCAUUUUAUUGUAAAACCUUUAUAGAAAUAUACAAUGAAAAUAAGAAAAUAUUUAUUGAAUAAAUAUAGAAAU